AUGUCGCGCGACUCGAGAUCGCGCCGUACGGCGGCUUCCUCUGGGAGAAAACCGCUCUUUGCUGCGGCCCUGCUGUUAUUAUCCGAGGCGCAAGUCGCCCGCGCAGUCGUGUAUCCCAGCUUCCACGAAUUGUUCAAGUUCGACUAUCUCCACCCACGACCAGAAGCUGCUCCUAUAGAUGGUGUAUCCAGGCGCACCGUGUCAAAGCGUGAGAACCCUAUACCUCUUAUCGUCACCAACAAUUGCGGCGAUACCAUCUGGCCUGGCAUUGCUACUCAAGCCGGUGAUGGUCCUGAAUCCAGCGGUUUUGAGCUGGGGCCUGGCGAAACAAGAGACCUGACCGUGGGACCAACAUGGAAUGGUCGCGUCUGGGGCAGGACAAAUUGCACAGUUAGUAAUGAAACUGCAACUUGUCUGACGGGCGACUGCUUUGGGCUGCUGGAAUGCGACUAUAGUGGAGCCGCUCCAGCCACGCUCGCAGAGUUCAAUCUUGCUGGUGGCCAGACAGGCCUCCAAACCUUUUACGACAUUUCUCUGGUUGACGGCUACAACUUACCACUUGGUGUCGUCUACCAACCAGCCAGUAAUACCAGCGAUAUACCUCCAAACUUUGUCAACGCUGCUUGCAUAGCGACCCCGGGGUAUCUCAUGUCACCUAAUAGAACUGGGUACUACUACACCAACUCGAGUUAUCCCAUGCCCUACGAGGAUACCCAAACAAACGCCGGUAUUACUAAUUGGUGCCCCUGGGAUCUUCAGGCAUUUCCGCCAGACAAGCCCGGCGAUGGUAUCUACCCAUACCCGGAUGACCAGAUCGAGCGACCAACUUUUGACCCGUGCAAGAGUGCCUGUGCCGCCACGAAUGCGGCAAGUGACUGCUGCACAGGAGAUUACAAUGAUCCAACCAAGUGCAAGCGGAACUUGUACGCAAAAAAUGCAAAGGCGGUAUGCCCAGAUGCGUACAGCUUUGCCUAUGACGACCAGACCUCGACCUUUAUCAUACCGAGUGGUGGAGGCUGGGAAGUGGUCUUUUGCCCAGAGGGACGCAGCACAAACAUUCUCGAGACGUACGGUGAUCAGAUCUCAGCAUUAGCAGCCGGAGGAGUCGUGACCGAGGAGAUGACGCAGAUCGCUAUGAACAUUAGCUACAUCGAAUCGAUCUCUGGUACUCCUGCGGUCCUGGCCAGUCCGGUGUUGUUGGUUGCACUUGCGAGUGCGCUAGCUAUUCUGGCAAUACUCUAG